UAGAGAGUCUCGAAAUUCGGCUUCCGGUGAAAACACAGCAAGAAAAAGACUUUCCGAUAAAAUCACUCGAUUGAUGGUCAUUAGCUGCAACAGGCUGUAAUUCAAGUCUUGUGAUGAGAAUGUCUGCUCUAGUUCCAGUCAUGUGAUGAGAAUGUCUGCUCUAGUUCCAGUCAUGUGAUGAGAAUGUCUGCUCUAGUUCCAGUCAUGUGAUGAGAAUGUCUGCUCUAGUUCCAGUCAUGUGAUGAGAAUGUCUGCUCUAGUUCCAGUCAUGUGAUGAGAAUGUCCGCUCUAGUUCCAGUCAUGUGAUGAGAAUGUCCGCUCUAGUUCCAGUCAUGUGAUGAGAAUGUCCGCUCUAGUUCCAGUCAUGUGAUGAGAAUGUCCGCUCUAGUUCCAGUCAUGUGAUGAGAAUGUCCGCUCUAGUUCCAGUCAUGUGAUGAGAAUGUCCGCUCUAGUUCCAGUCAUGUGAUGAGAAUGUCCGCUCUAGUUCCAGUCAUGUGAUGAGAAUGUCCGCUCUAGUUCCAGUCAUGUGAUGAUAAAGCUGCUCUAGUUCCAGUCAUGUGAUGAGAAUUUUGAGUUGUGUGAUGGGAAAGCCUUACAAUCUGGUAUCUGAAUCACAGAGGAAGUGAAGCAUGUCUUUAUAUUGUUGUCUCAUGUAAUCAGACAUGGGAUGAGAUACUGUACAGUAAUAGUGUCCCACUGGGUACCUUCCAUGGGAUAGAAUUCAGUAUAGACAUUUUACAGUAAUAGUGUCCCACUCGAUACCUUCCAUGGGAUAAAAUUCAGUAUAUACAUUUUACAGUAAUAGUGUCCCACUGGGUACCUUCCAUGGGAUAAAAUUCAGUAUAGACAAAAAAUACCUAUUGGAUAUGUGGGUACUGCACUUAUAAUGAUGCACAGGUGUAUUAGAGUUCGCGAGGAUACCUAUGGGGGUGAUUGAGGUGAGGUGCUGCUGCUCUACACAGGUGUGUUGACGAAGGCCACAGAAUGGAGGUGCCUGGAAAUGUAAACCAGAGAAAUAGUUUGUACCAUAAACUCACACAUGUACGAUUGUCUCGACUUAUUGUGACUUUAUUUGUCAUUUUGAUUGCUGCUCCACUUGUAGCUCAUUACUACCUCUCAAAAAUCACCAGUGAUGUCGACGGUGGCACACCAGACCCAAAGCAGAAACGGAAAAGCCUGCUUGAUAGAAAGGAUCCAUUUCAUACAACAGAUGUAAAAACGCAGUUGAGUGAACUACACCGGAUCAGAACCUCGGUUAGUAAUGAAUUACGGGAUCUGGAAAGUAAACGACAAAAACUACAAUCACAAAUAUCUAAAUAUCACAUGGAAAUCGAAAAACUGCGUGUGGAAAAGGAAACCUUAGAAAAAGAUAUAAAAACAACUCAGCUAAGUCUGGAUCAACUUCGGUUAGAGAGAGAUGAGUUGGACCAGCGAUACAUUCCGAUAUUAAAAGCUCCUCAACAAAUACUGUUGGGACCUGAAGCCAAUACUCAUAUAGUUCCUCCUGCAUCUUCUGUGUCCUGUCACAUGCAUUCAUGUUUUGACUAUUCACGUUGUUCUGUGCUAUCAAGAUUCCCUGUGUAUUUUUACACUGGGAAACAGCUUUUGGAUUUUGGAACGCUAGAUUCUUUUAUCGAAAACUCUAUUUCAGAGAUUCUUGUGAAAAACCAGUAUAGGACAUACAAUCCAACCUCUUCCUGUAUAUAUGUGGCUGUUAUAGGCCAAAGUAAAGCUCAAAGUAUUGAUUCAAACUCUGUAGAAAAUGCUCUCCAUAAUUUACCAUACUGGCACGGUGAUGGGAGAAAUCAUGUGAUAAUGAAUAUACUUCGACAGCCUGGACAUGCUGACAUGUUCACUGGCGUUAAUACUGGGCGAGCCAUCAUUGCUCAGACAGCAUUCACAGAAACCAGCUUCAGGUCUGGAUUUGAUGUAUUAAUCCCACCAAGUUUGGGCAAAGCAUCGGGAGAUGUUUGGCAAGACCUUCCCCCGUGUUCUCCUGUUCGACGGAAAUAUUUCCUAUCAUUUGUUGGUCUGUACAAUAAUGGUAUUUUACAAAGUAAACCAGCGCUAUAUCAGAAUUCCAAUGUCAAUAUAGAGUCUAAUGAACUGAAUCGUUUAUUUGAAAAUGGUCAUGGAUCUGAUGAUGCAAAUUAUCAAAACCGAAAUUUAAAAUCAAUUAAUGAUAGGAAUAUCUUACAGGAAGGAGGAGUGGAUGAGGAUAAAUUAGAUUUUGAACAAACUAUUGUAGAAUAUUUAAAGGAAGUGGAAAGUACCAGUGACCAUGGGCUGUACACAAAGUUUUCCUGUGAAAACCCUGUACCAGGCUCGGUGAUUGGUGAAUGGGGAUUAUGCGGGGCCGCCAAUGAAAGGCAUGACUUACUGAUACAGUCAACCUUUUCUCUCAUAUUUGCCCCACUGAACACUAGCUAUGUGUCUACAGCAGUCUUCCAGAUCCGUCUUUAUGAGAGUUUAAAAUAUGGGGCAGUGCCGGUAGUUUUAGGGAAUCACAUGCAAUUACCUUUUAGUGAAAUAUUAGAUUGGAAAAAAACAGUUAUUAUGCUUCCAAGGGCUCGUUUGACAGAAGUUCAUUUCAUUUUAAGAACUUAUACAGACAAUGAUAUUGCGCUGAUGCGUCGGCAGGGAAGGUUUGUUUAUGAGACCUACUUUGGCACAUCCUACAGCAUGUUCAACACUGUUUUAGCAUUAGUAAGAACUAGACUUACCAUUCCUGCUGUGCCUGUGGCAGAUGUGCCCUCUCCCAGUGUCUUCAAUACCACAUUCCUCACCCUAAAACUGGAGGGACCAGAACCAAACCAAGAGACAGAUGAGGUGCUGGGGCCAUUAGAAAACCCUUUUGGCUCCCUCAAGUUUAAACAGAACUUCACCCAAUUUGCUGCCUACCAAAUGUUUCAGCAUCCAGGAGAUCCCCUACAGAUGUUUCCAAACACGCCAUUUGAAGAGGUUCUGCCUUCUGAAGCCAAGUUCUUAGGAUCAGGCUAUGGUUUCAGGCCUGUCAACAAGGGUGAAGGAGGAGCUGGCAAGGAAUUCAGUGAAUCCCUCGGGGGCAACAUUCCUCGUGAACAGUUUACAAUUUUAACCCUCAGGGGCAAUAUUCACCAGGAACAAGUUGAAAGUAAGGUGUUUAUACUAGAUACAAUGAAUUACUAUAGUCAGUUUGAACCCUCAGGGGCAAUAUUCACCAGGAACAAGUUAAAAAUUGUUAAAACCGACAAAAACAGCCUCAACAACCGGUUCUUGCCAUUUGAUGCCAUAGAAACAGAAGCCAUAUUGAGUAUAGAUGAUGAUGCUCAUCUUCGUCAUGAUGAAAUAGUGUUCGGAUUCAGGGUUUGGCGUGAGGAGCGUGACCGAAUCGUAGGAUUCCCAGGGAGGUUCCACGCAUGGGAUGUACGCUCCAAUGCAUGGCUUUACAACUCCAACUACUCUUGUGAACUGUCCAUGGUCCUCACUGGGGCAGCAUUCUUCCACAAG